AUGAAAUCAUUAUCUGCUUCCAAAUACAAUCAUAACUAUACUACUUUUACAACACCUGACAAAAAGUCUAAUAAAGUAUGCCCUUAAGUUAUAUAAGAGUAGAUAAAAUACACAGUCCACUAUGAAACUAAGCGGUGAA